CUUCAACUAUCGACAUCACCAGUAGCCGUCAUCGAAGCAAUACAGUCCUUUUACCCCCGGUGAUAAUCACCUCUAUUGGCUUUCUCCGCCUCUACUCAGUUUGGACAUAGUCGAAAUGGUUGAAAGCUUUAAUAUUAAGAUGCCAAUCACCAGCCUCGCCAAGCUUGUUUCUCAGCUUCUCACUGGACUCAAAGAUCUUGUGAAUUCGGUCCCCGAAUCCCAAGAUCUAUUCAUAGAAGUGGAAUCUUUCCAAAAGUGGUUGCAGCUGGUUCUCAACAAACACGAAUUGUCUCGGAUUUCUAAAGAGAUCCUCGACUCGCACGAGCCAACAGAGGGAGACAAGUUUUUGCUCAUGCGCAUUCGAGAUUGCGAUGCGGUCUGCAGCGACUAUAAUAUCCUCUCGACGAGAAUUGUGCAGAGCAAAGACACAUCUCGCGAAUGGAAAAUCUCGCAAGACGAUCUCGGUCUUGUUACUGCUCUCUUUGGCAAAAUCAGGCUUUGCCUUUUUUAUCUUCUCCCCACAGUCAACCAGGAACCCCUUCCCAGCGAAAGUGAUGAAAAGAUAGAGUUUCAUGGAGCUCCCCCGCCUCAAGUUGCAGUCUGCGAAGUCUCAUCAGCGAAUUCAACCGUAACCCACCAACCAUCUUUUUCUCGGGCUCUCGAAAUAUGAAUAGUGGAGGCCCAUACAGGCAUCAAUGUUAUCAGCGCCGAACUUUCAGUAACAUCACUUCAAAAACCACGCACAUGUACAAAGGGAGUCGGCUAUUCUAUUUUCACACCAGAAGCGAUGAAGGAAAGGCAUGCCAAAGGGUUACAACACCUUUGCCCUAGCUUCUGUGUGCAGUGCGUCAUGGAGGAGAUUCAGGAGCAAAAGGUAACCCAUGACCAAGGCGGGCCAUGCAAAGCCGACUGCUACCAUUGUCUGGUGGAGGAAACUAAGAGACGGCACGCAAAUGGAUUGACACAUCUUUGUCCUCAGUUUUGCAUGGAAUGCUGCAAGUCCGGAAGAUUCGCUAUGAUUAGUCAGGAUCCUGUGAUCUAAGUUGUUACUAUUGUUUAGAGAAUAAGGCUAAGGAGAGGCAUGCUCGUGGACUCAAAAUCUCCGUCCUACUUCAUGUACGGCUUGCUUCUGAGAGGGAGUCAAGAUGUCAAUGGAAG